UAAAUACCGUGGUUAUAAGGAAUUUUAUCUUGACAAUAGUCUUGAAGAAAAAAAUGAAGAGGACAAAAAAAUCUAUGCAGCAGUUGGAGAAGCAAAAAAGAUUUUCCAAGAAAAUAAUUAUGAUUCAAUAGCAGAAAUGGUUAUUAAAAAUGAAAAAUUUCGUCAUUCCCAAAACCAAGAAAUACUUUCUGCCCACAAUCACAAUCCCAACAAAAUUUACGAAAAUAAAGAAGAAGUAAAGAAAAAUCAUAAACAUUUUGUUUUUCCUCGUGAACUUUUGGCCGAAGAAACACAAAAAAUUUUGGAAAAGCAGAGUGAGUAUUACCCUGAACUUAAAAGGAAAUUUUCCUACACAUUACUAGAAAAUGGGAAAUCAGAAACGAAAGAUUUUUCAGUCCAAGAGAUUAUUAAAUUAAUAAUUUUUCGUCAAAGAGACUUUGAAGAUGGACCAACUGGAAAUGAACCAAGGAAAGAAAAAGAAAAAGGUGAAAAAAGGGAAACGUUGAGAAAACAACUCGAAACAUUUCUUAAUAAAUUAGUAGGAAAGGGGAAUUAUAAUUUUCCCAAAGGAGUUGAGUUUGAAACCGAUUUUUUGGAUUAUUUAAAAGAAAAUGGCAGUUUUUAUUCUACCCUUAUGAAAAACUGCCCUUCUCAAUUCUACUUAAAUUAUGAAGAUUAUCAAAAAACGAUUUUCUACCAAAUUGGUCAAAUAAUUUUCGAAAAAAUAACUCCUCGACGGAGAAAAAAUGAGUUAGAUAGUUUAAGCCAAAAAGUAUAUAGUUUGGAGGCUUUUGGGGAUUGCCUAGCCAAAUUAGAAAAAUAUGAUAAAAAAAGGUCGCCGGCUUCGGUUUCUUUCCGUUAUAUGGUUGAAACAAUUAAAGCCUUUUUAGAUGGUCAAAAAUACGGUGAAUUUCAAGCGAAAGUUAAAAAAGAAUUAGAAGAGAAGUUAAAGAAUAGCAAAAAUGGUGACGAAAAUGAAACAAUAUGA